AUGACAUCGAAUGACAACAAGCCUGUAAAUGUCCGACAACGGCGUAUCCAUACACGGAGUCGCACAGGCUGCGCUGAGUGUAGAGCUCGACGAGUAAAAUGCGACGAAUAUCGUCCCACAUGUCAAAACUGUACUAGGGCGAACAAGGUUUGUGAAUAUCCACCUGCGAAGAUUCCUUUGAGAGAAAGAAGAGCGCUGGAGAGAGCCGGAACUGCUCAGCCGUGGGCACCUAUACCAUGGGACGCUUCGAUUUCUUCUCGGCAACCCGAAGUGCCCAAUACACAACGUUUAACUCAUCAACUUAUCCUAUCUGGUUCUAAAAAGAACCUGGACUGUUUGGCCAUCAACAUGCCGCUGAAAUCCCACGAACUCUUUCAUUAUUUCUAUCAACCAGAAGGAAGCGCCGGCGUGUCACCUUCAGACUACCAUAAAAGACGUAUGGCGCACAUCAUAUCGGACCCCGAUGCACUUCGAAGUGCAGUUUUAAUUGCAGCCACCCAUUUCGGAUUUAAUUACGGGAAUAUUCGAAAGUUUGAGCAAGCCUUUUACUUCCACACACUUGAGACGGUGCGCCUAGUAAAAGAAUGGUUUGCGAAAGGAGACUUUACACUCUGUGCACCGAUUACGAAGCAGAUGGCAUUGUUAGCAUACACAGAGGUUUGUCGUGGUGAUCACCAAAUGGCCGAGAAGCAUUUAAACGCCAUAUACGCUCUUUCACGCCACAGAGAAAAGCAUUUGACCACUGGGGCCACGAUUCUAGACCAAGAACUAUCAGACCGAUAUUUUCUAAUAACUUCUACCUUUAUGCAUGGUACAACAACCGCUCUUGAAUUUAUCCGACGACCUGCCGGCCUCACCGAGACCACCACCAGUUCAGUAUCAACGAACAGCACUCCCCGCAUGAGCAGCUGGCAUAUCACAGACGAUAGGGGUCAUUACUUUCAUAUCGUAACACUUAACGCUAUUCGCGAGUUCCCCGUUACCCUCAACUACAGCGGAGAUAUCUUUCAAGAUGUUUCAGUCGUCCGUGUCAUGAAAGGGCUUCGAAUCCUCACGCGCAACUUCUACGACGGGCAUUCUAAAUCAUCACCCAGAAGUACUCGCCAAAUACAGCGUGAGUUCUGGCAAUCAGAGGCGGCGGCUAUGCUGUACGACGGCCUUAUCCAAGCCCAUAAAAGCGCUGUGUCUGAAGGUCACAAGCGUCAGGCUAAUGCCGAUGACAAGAAUGAGCAAAAGACUUCGUGGGUUGGAUUAGUAAUCGCAAUAGAGCUGUAUCUGGAGCAGGUAGUCGUACUCUGGCAACCAUUUACAAGAGAGAAUUAUCUCCACACCAUGAGGAUAUUACAGCGCCAUCUCGGGUACGCACUACAAAAGCCAGAUGCAUCACACCUAGCAGAUCUACUCUUCUGGGAGUCAUUUGUUGCGGUGAUAAGUCUGCAGGUACACGAGAGGCAUGGUGACCUUGCACAAGACCCUGGAAUUAAACCAUAUUUUGAAGAAUUUGCACGGGAGCAGAGUCGGGUUCUGGGUUUGAAGACGUGGGAGGAUGUACAGGCGGCGUUGCUGAGAGUUGUAUGGCCUUGCGACUUUACUGACGAUGAUUAUGUGAAGGGGAUAUGGGAGGCUGUGAUGAAGGACUAG